GAAAAGCUCCCCGCCAACCUCAAGAAGAUCGUCGGCGCGUUCCAGAUGGUGCCCGAUCCUAUGCAGCGGUACAAACAGCUCCUCUUCUUCGCGGCGAAGCUGAAAGGGUUCGACGAGAAGGAUAGGGUGGAGGACAACAAAGUCCAAGGGUGCGUGUCGCAGGUGUGGGUCGUGCCGAGGAUGGGAGAGGACGGCCUCGUGUACUUCACCGCGGACUCGGACUCGCAGCUCACGAAGGGGCUGGCGGCGCUGCUGUGCGAGGGGCUGAGGCGCGUUCUCGCGCCGAAAGAGAUCAUGGCGGUGGAGCCGGACUUCGUCGAGCUGCUCGGGUUGGGGCAGUCGCUGACGCCGUCGCGGACGAACGGGUUCAUGAACAUGUUGCGGUUGAUGCAGAAGAAGACGUUGGAGUGUUACAUGGAG